UCAUUGUAAUCUCAAGUCUCCUUACCAGUAUCUCUUUAUAUUGUUUGAGGAGGGCACCCAUACUCAUCCUUUAUGGCUCAACCUUGUCAUCAUUGUCAUUCUGUGCAUCGGAUUUAUUUAAGCUGUUAUCUCUUCUUAGCCUUUGCAUACAUAAAGUAAAGAAGGUUCCCAUUUUGCAUGUAACAUGGACGUAAAUUAAAUUAUCUACGAUGGCAUGAGAAUGGUGACCCUAUUCUGGAUGACGUCAAGUUUUAAGAUUCAAAUUUAAUGUUGAUUUGUUCUGAGCAUGAGAACAAUUAAAAGUGACUGGUGACACAUAAAGUUUACUUCAUGCUUGUUAGAUUAAUUGCCAUAUUGAUGCUCUACAGGAAAAGAAGAGAGUUAAAAACAGCUGAAUUUGCUGAAGGGAUUAUUGCUUCAUUAACUCGUAAUCAAGAUGAAACACCUGGACUGAAGCAACAGAAGGUGUGCAACUUCUUUAUCAAAAAGAGUUGCAGUAUCAAACGGACUAAAAGCAUUUUUAAUCAGAUGAUACAGGUUGAGGGACAGGCAAUAGGUAUGCACAUCUUACCUGAGGAAACCACUGCAGGCAUGCAGAACAAAGAAAAGCCAUCUAGUUUGAAAUUUGAUGUGGAAGGCAAUGAGGAAAGGAAGAAGAGAAGGAUAACGUCUGAGUAAAGCCAACUAUAUGGUACUUACUAAGAGAUUACAUCGAUUAAUAUGGACUAAAAUAAGGUUUCCUACUCUAUUUUUAUGUGCUUCUGUUUCUAUUUCUGUUUCUAUAAUCGUAUCUGUUGUUUCUGAUACAGUAAAGAAUUUUGGCUUAUUGAUUAUAUAGUUUGUUAAACUUAUGAUACACAGGAUACAUGGUAUCAUUCUAUGAACAAGUGCUCUUUUCGUAUCAAUGGAUGUUUCUA